GUCAAACUUUCGUUUAUUUCUGCAUUGUGUAAUUGGAUUAUCUUUCGUUGAUGACGAAGUUCUCUUUUUAUAAUCGUUUUGCGAAUAACUGCAUUUAAACAAAGUACCUUUUAUAAUGGCUUUAUAUUUUGACUGCCUCUUGGAAAGUUCACCAGGAUCGGUGGUGAAGUGCCUUGCCUGGCACGAGCAGCAUGCUGUAUUAGCAGUGUGUACCUCAUUGGUUGAAGAUGACAGUGGUGCAGUGAAUUUAUAUGAUAAACAGGGUGUGAAAGAAAGCAAGACUCCUCUCAUGCACAGAUCCACUCCCCCAACAACUGCUGCAUGGCAUCCAACCAGAAAACUUUUAGCAGUGGGUUGGGAAAACGGAGAAGUUCUUGUGUGGAACGACCAGGAGAAGGAAUUGCAUGAAAUACCAAGUCUUCACAUGAAAGCUCUUUCCACUAUUACUUGGUCCAGUAAUGGCACUCGCCUUGCCACUGGAGACAAGGAAGGUGUCUUCGCUGUGUGGAAAGCUGAUGCACGUGGUCGAGUCCAACACAAUCCUUUAUGCCGACAUGAUCUUGGAGCUUCUGUGGUUGAUUGUGUGGUGAAACAAGGGUUGGAAACUACAUCAGAUCAUGAUAUUAACAUUGCUUACUUGGCAAGAGCUGCGGUGAGUGGAGAUGAAACAGCACUCGACAUGUUUGCUGAUAUGAAAAAGUCUGCCAACAGAAUCAAUUCACGCCCCACGCGCACUGAAGGCGUGACGUUUUAUGUUGGAUUAUCAAACGGUGGUAUUCAGUACAUUGAUGAAAAAGGAUUAAACAAUGAUUGUUUAAAAUUGGACAAUCCCAUUCAACAGUUGUUAUUCAACAAAGAAAAGGAUUUUUUAGUCGCGAUUUCUACUGAUCUGCAGGUAAUAAAGAUGAAAGUAAUGUCUGAUGGUUCAACUGAACAAAUGGAGAGUGUUAAGUUCAGUGGUCAGGAAGGUAAAGCUAAACUAGCUUGGGCAGGUGGACAUCUCCUUGCUGUGGCAACCUCUGACCAAUCUUUGCGUUUAUGGGAUUUAGUAAAUGGAGAUAACUUUGCUUUGCUCUUGGAUGAAAAUAUGGGAUUUGAGAAAGGAGAGUCCAUCAAUAAUGUUUCUUAUUUUCCGGGCAAAGGCGUUUUAUCUGCUGGUACAAGUGAAGGUCGUGUCGCGAUGUGGAAUUCUGUGGCGACCGGAAAAGAUUCCAAAGUUGAAGCUGAAGACAGAUGGAAGCUUCAGUCAGCUAUUUCGCUUGAAAUUCCCUGCAAUAGUUUGAAGUGGUGCCCCAACCAUCCAGUGUUAGCAGUAGGAGGAGGGGAGGGAGCACUUCUUCUCACAGAGCAGAAGAUGAAGUGGUGUCUCUCCUCAACCAUGGUUGCCAUACAGUCUGGUCCACGCAGUGUUGCUGUGGAUUUUAUUGGAAGAAAACCGGAGAAGGAAUCUACACUUAUAGGAUUAGGCCUAUCACCUCAACACUUGAACCAGCCAUUAAAUCGACCAAGUGGUCACAUUGAAUUUGAAACUACAAUACCAUAUAAUGGAAUAGCUGCAGCUUCUGAACAUAUAGCUGUAUGGAAUGGCAAGCAAGUAUCUAUGUAUGAAAUUACAUCCAGCGCUGGUAUUUUUAAAGGGAGCUUUGAAUGUGAAUCCUCAAUCAACGCUUUGCACGAUCAAAGUUUGUUUUCAGUGGAACAACCAAAAGACCCAAAAGAUCGACCGAAAAUACAAGUCAGAAAUUUUCAGGGAACGGUGAAACAGCUUCUCAGUAUGCAGGAAAAUGAAGGAGGGGUUGAUAUGAUGUCAGUAAAUGGUAACUUCAUCGUGGUGGGAACUUCUACUGGUUGUAUAAAGAUUUAUGAUUUGACUAGAAGAGAAGCAAAAGCUCACAGCAACACAAAGCAACUGAGAGAUUUAUUACAAGGUUUUGGUUCCUUCAACCAAAUGUCGGUUAAUUGUGUCGGAAGUAAAGUGGCCUUCACAUACAAACAUGUAAAUGGAGUUCCAGAUUUUCGAGUUUUUGUAUACGACUGCGAACGUGACAGAUUGGAGUUUUUCGAUUUUUCCACAGGAACAAAUGAAAACGAUGAUUUUGAAAAUGACUCUGGUCCUAAGACAGAUAUUGAACAGAGCAAAGCUGAUGCAGCUGCAGAAAUCGCAGGUCGCUACCCCAUCAGUGUCCACUGGGAUGCGAUAGAGAGCAGAUUGUUGUCGUGCGAAGCGAGAAUCACUGAUGCGGCACGAAACGAAAUCAUUGAAGCCGAUCGUAAAUCUACUAUGUCUAUUUUGAGCUCAGAAUCCAGUAUAAAUCGCCCUUUACCGGCUGAAGUGUUGGUUAUAUCAUUGUUCAGCACACAAGACCAUGGGUUGCUGCUACAAGAUUUCUAUGCAAGGAAAGCACAAUAUGAUCAACUUAUUGGGCUCCGUGUUCCGAAUUUCUACUUUUCUAAAUCUACAUCCGUGUUGGUGUCAGCAGCGGAAGAUAAAUCUUCAGAAUAUGUUUCAGAACAGUCAUCAAUCUUGCGACAAACGAUGCGUGACUUCGUGGGAUUGAAUGAAAGCGAUGAAGCGUCACAAGCGGCCAUGCUUAAUUUUAGUUAUUACCUCACAAUUGGAGACAUGGAUGAAGCUUUCAAGUCAAUCAAGCUGAUUAAGGGGGCUGCUGUGUGGGAGAGCAUGGCGAAGAUGUGUGUGAAGACGAGGAGGUUGGAUGUUGCAAAGGUGUGUCUCGCCAAUAUGGGGCAUGCAAGAGGAGCAAGGGCGAUGAGGGAGGCCGAGAAGGAGCCGGAACUCGAUGCACGAGUUGCACGACUCGCACUCGAACUUGGAAUGAACGAUGAAGCUGAGCGUUUGUAUAAGAAUUGUCAACGUUAUGAUUUGCUUAACGUGUUCUACCAAUCUACUGCACAGUGGGGGAAGGCUUUAGAAACUGCUGAGUUGUCAGAUCGAAUUCAUCUUCGGACAACUUUUUAUAAAUACGCGAAACAUUUGGAAGCUUGUGGAGAUAUUGCUGGUGCAAUACCUAAUUAUGAAAAAUCUGGCACUCAAUAUUUUGAAGUCCCACGUAUGUUGUUUGAUGAAACAGAGAUGUUGGAAGCUUACAUUAUGAAAACAAAGGACAGGAAACUUCGCAAGUGGUGGGCACAAUAUAUGGAAUCCACAGGUGAGAUGGACACCGCACUUAAGUUUUACCAACAAGCUGCUGACCCAUUAUCUCUGGUUAGAGUCUUCUGUUACUGUGGGAAUCCAGAAAAGGCUGCUGAGGUGGCAAAUGAAACAGGGGACCGUGCAGCUUGUUACCAUCUUGCUAGACAAUUUGAAAACAACGAUGAUAUUAAACAAGCAAUCCAUUUCUUUACGAGAGCCAUGGCUUAUGGAAAUGCCAUCAGAAUAUGCAAAGAGCAUGGGUUCGAAGACCAGCUUAUGAACCUUGCAUUGCUAAGCACACCCAAUGACAUGAUAGAAGCUGCCAGGCAUUAUGAGGAACGACCUGACACACUGGAUAAGGCGGUUAUGCUUUACCAUAAGGCUGGCCACUUUUCGCGUGCAUUAGAACUAGCGUUUGAAAGCAAACAAUUUGGUGCCCUGGAACUUAUUUCACAAGAUUUAGACGACAGUGCUGACCCAGUUUUAUUAGAAAGAUGUGCAGAAUUUUUCACCGAACAUGGUCAACAUGAACGAGCCGUCUCUAUGCUUGUCGUUGUUAAAAAGUAUGCUGAAGCGAUUUCUAUUUGUUCCAAUAAUGAUGUUCGUUUGAACGAAGAGUUGGUUGAGAAGUUAACUGUACCAAAAGACUACAUGGACCAACACCAACGGGAACGGUUGUUGGCAAAACUAGCAAGCUGCUGCAUGAAUCAAGGUGAAUAUCACCUGGCAUGUAAGAAAUACACGCAGGCCGGAGAUAAGGAAAAGGCAAUGCGAGCGUUGUUAAAAUCAGGUGAUACUGAAAAGAUCAUUUUCUUUGCUGGUGUAUCACGAUUGCGAAAUCUCUACGUAAUGGCUGCCAACUACCUGCAGUCACUGGAUUGGCGCAAAGAUCCUGAAAUAAUGAAGAACAUCAUUAGUUUCUAUACAAAAGGCCGAGCCCUCGAUUCAUUAGCAGGAUUUUACGAUGCGUGUGCGCAGGUUGAAAUUGACGAGUACCAGAAUUACGAGAAAGCCAUGGGGGCCCUUACUGAGGCUUUUAAAUGCCUUACUAAGGCAAAGAUGGCAAACAAGCAACAGCAAGAAAUAAAGAUCACUGAACUAAAAGCACGAAUAGCGCUCGUGAAAAAGUUUAUACAGACACGAAGGUUGUUCGACAGUGACCCACAAGAAGGAAUAAAACAAUGUCAUGCUUUAAUUAAUGAACCUGACUUGGAAUCUUCCGUUCGUUAUGGUGAUGUGUAUGGGUUGCUUAUUGAGUAUUGUGCUUCACAAGACAACAACGACAAGGCGUAUCACUACAUGCAAGAACUACGUGCCCGAUUGCCAACCGUCACUCUGUCGUACUUCGUAAACAUGAAAACCAUUGAAACUGUACAUCGGGCUGUGGGAGUUCCGCUUGGUCGGGGUGUGGGGAUUGGUAAUGGUGAUGCGGACAAAAUGAAAGGAAACGAAGACAGCGAAGACGAGGUGACUGAGGAGUUGUACGAUGGGGGAGGAUUUGGUUACAGAUAAUUUCGUUGCUGCUUUUGUAAUCGUCGAUAUAUUUUUUUUAUACGAUGCGCCAAAAAAAUGUAUGUUUUUUGACUGCAUAGUGCAGUUUAAAAAACGCUUUUGGAAACAUUUGUUGUUGUUAUUUUGUUACUAAAUAUUUUCUCAAUAUAUUUUGUAGAAUAAAUUAAAUUGCGCUUUCGGUGAUGAGAA